CUGGAUGAGCCGGUCGACCCAUAAUCCUCUGGUCUCCCAACAGCCUCCUGUUAAGGUGACAUGUAGGGCUUGCCUUCUGAAACCCUGCCAGGAUUUUCCUUUGGAUUUUUAAAAUUCAUAUCAAAUACCAUUACACUUAAAGGAAUACCAAUUCUGGUGCAGCAUGUGGCCUUGUGUAGAACCAACCAAAGGGAACUAACUCAUUGGCCUUAACUUAAAUCAGGUGCAAUUAAUAUUUUAAGACCUUUUUGGAUUUGGAACUAUCUCCAAAGACUCAGAGAUUUCUGUGGAUUAUGCUAAUUUAGCUGUUUUGGAACAAAUUCGAUCCAAAAUGGAUGACCCUUACCAAAACAAUAUAAACCAGCAGGGAGAAACAUAUCCCACAUAUGGAGGAGGAGAGUACACUUACCCCUAUCAGACUGACUACCCUCCUCAGGAGGAAGAAGAUGCUGCUAGUGAUGUCACCGAGGGGCAUGAUGACGAGGAUCAGAUGUACGAGGGCGAGUACCAGGGCAUCCCUCAUCCGGACGAGAUCAAGGAGGCACGGAGAGCCGCCCGGAGGGAGGCCCGCAUGAAGACCAGGAUGGCAGCUGAGGUGGAGGAGGAAACGUUGCCUGAUCAAUACGAGUCCAUCAUGGAAGACUGCGGUCACGGCCGCUUCCAGUGGACCCUCUUCACGGUGCUGGGUCUGUCCCUGAUGGCUGAUGGGGUGGAGUGCUUCGUAGUGAGUUUCGCCCUGCCCAGUGCUGAGAAGGACAUGUGCCUGUCGAAUGCUGACAAGGGCAUGCUGGGUUUAAUAGUGUACGUGGGGAUGAUGAUCGGCGCUGUCCUGUGGGGCGGUCUGGCUGAUAAACUGGGCAGGCGACAGUGUUUACUCUAUGCACUGGCCAUCAACUGCAUCUUCUCCUUCCUGUCCUGUUUCGCACAGAGCUACGGCUUCUUCAUCUUCUUCAGACUCUGCUCAGGAAUUGGGAUCGGUGGCUCAAUCCCUAUUGUGUACACGUACUACGCUGAGUUCCUGCAGAUGGAUAAGAGAGGAGAACAUCUCAGCUGGCUGUGUUUGUUCUGGAUGCUCGGAGGACUGUACGCUUCCUUCACCGCAUGGGGAAUCAUCCCACAUUAUGGCUGGGGUUUCAGUAUGGGGACAGAGUUCCAGUUCCACAGCUGGAGGGUGUUUGUGCUGGUUUGUUUCCUUCCCUCUGUGGCUGCUCUCGCUGGGCUGGUGUUCAUGCCAGAAAGUCCCCGUUUCCUCCUGGAGACUGCAAGACACGACGAGGCCUGGAUGAUCCUGAAGCAGGUCCAUGACACCAACUGGAGAGCGAAAGGAGAGCCAGAGAGAGUGUUUCAAUUUUCACAGAUCAAAAUGCCUCAUGCACAGGAUGACGAGUUCAUAGAGAUUCAGAGUGAAACUGGCACUACCUUCCAAAGAUUCAUGGUCCGACAUAUGACCCUGGUUAAACAGGUCAUAAAGAACAUGCUGUCACUCGCCGCACCAGAUCUCAGACUCCAUGGGUUGUUCAUUGCCAUUGUGUGGUUCACAAUGGCCUUCAGCUAUUUUGGCCUGGGAGCGUGGUUUCCUGACCAGAUCAAGUACCUCCAGUUUGAAGAGUACGAGUCCAACGUCAAGACCUUUCAUCGUGAGAAAGUGGAACACUUUCAUUUCAACUUCACUCUGCAAAAUCAGGUCCACAAGGAGGGCGAGUACAUCUAUGACAGGUUUAUCGACAUAGAAAUAAGAAACGUGAAGUUUGAGGAAUCACUCUUUGAGAACUGUUAUUUUGAGGACAUCAGAUCAACGGACACCUUCUUUGAGAACUGCACUCUUAAAGACACGGUGUUCUACAAUACUGACCUGUGGGAAGAUUCCAAGUUCAUUAACUGUAAGCUGGAAAAUACAACGUUUCUGCACCCCAAAAUUGGCUGCCAUCUAAACUUCCAAGAGGAAAAUGACAUCCUGAUCUAUCUAGUCUGCUUCCUGGGGAGUUUGUCGGUAAUACCGGGCAACAUCGUAGCAGGUCUGUUAAUGGAUAAAAUAGGACGAUUAAAAAUUAUAGGGGGAUCCAUGUUAGCCGCCGCUGGUUGCACGUUCUUCCUGCUCCUGUGCUUCAGUCAGUGGGCUGUCGUCUUCUUCCAGUGCCUGUUCUUCGCAGCCGGUGCUGCAGCUUGGAACGGCAUUGAAGUCGUCACAGUAGAGCUCUAUCCAACCUCAAAAAGAGCCACAGCUUUCGGUGUGCUGAAUGGCACAUGUAAACUGGGAGCUAUCAUCAGCACGUUCAUCUUCGGCAAGGUGAUCGGCAUCACUAAGAUCAUCCCCAUCAUCCUGUCCUUCUCUUCGCUAGUGUGCGGAGGACUGCUAGCGUUUAAGUUACCUGAGACACGAGAGGUCAUUCUUCAGUGAAAAAAGCCAAACUCCUCAAGGCCUCUGUGUUUGGUCCAGCAGGACACUGGAUGACCGCGUGCUGGACUGCAAAAGGGCUGAAUGAUGUAAAGCUGAUAUGGUGUCAUACUAGAACCACUGUACUGUAGUAUUACAAGUCAUAGCGCAGAUAUGUGACCCUGGAGCACAAAACUAGUCAUUAAUAGCAUGGGUAUAUGGGUCAAAAUUAUAGAUUUUUCUUUUAUGCCAAAAAUCAUUAGGAUAUUAAGUAAAGAUCAUGUUCCAUUAAGAUAUUUUGUAAAUUUACUUCUGUAAAUAUAUAAAAACGUAAUUUUUGAUGAGUAAUAUGCAUUGCUAAGAACUUCAUUUGGACAAAUUAAAAAAAUUUUUUUUUUGCUUCCUCAGAUUCCAGAUUUUCAAAUAGUUGUAUCUCUGUCAAAUAUUGUCCGAUCCCAGUAAACCAUACAUCAAUGCAAAGCGUUUUUUAUUUUUAUUUUUUUAUUAGCUGUCAGGUGAUAAAUCUCAAUUUCCAAAAUUGACCCUUAUGACUGGUUUUGUGGUCCAGGGUCACAUAUUUGUUUAAAGUGUUCACAGGGGCUAUAUUUUGAGUAAGGUUUGGAAAUAUAUUUGCAACAUUUAUACAAACGAAUUAGAUCUGAGCGUCAUCAUGGAAUUCACUUUUUUAUAUUGAAACAAAUAAUAACUUUUUAACUGUAAGUUCAACCUUUAAAUGAGAUCUCUGCAUUUUACUUGUAUUUAAUAUGUAAAAAAUUUAGUUAUUUUAGUUUUUCUGGUGCAAAAAUCUUUACACCAACUUCAUCUGCUCACCAGCUUUUGGUAAUCCGCUAGUUUUUCUUGUGUUGUAUUUGCUAAUGCUGUGGUAUAUGCUUAUUUCACAUUAGAUAAUUAUAUUUUCACUGUGUUUUAACUCUAAUGUUCUUUGAUUCUCAUCUUUUCAAUUACUGUUUGUCAUGCCUUUUAAUUGGAAAAUUUUGAAAAGUUUGUGUGAGGCUAGAUAUUUUUACAUUUGACUUAUGUGAAGUACGCUCAUUUCCUUUGAGAAAAUUUGUAGAUUUUUAAACAAAUGUGAACAGUUAUUAUGAAAGAAUGGCUCAAAAAAUAGUAGUCUUAAAAGUUCACUUUUGUCCACAGAAAAGUUUAUUCAGAUAGAUUUUAUUUUAAUAGGUCAGCAAUGAUUAAAUGCUGUAAAAGGGCCUCCAUAGCAAAUCUGUAUAGCUUUAUGUCAAAUCUUUUUGUAUUUGUUACAAAUGUAAAAAAGAUGAAAAAAUCUAAUUGUUUUUCUGGUUUUUGAUGUUGAGAAAAUAAAAUAUAAAACCUAAUUUUA